AUCCACUAGCUCCUUGCGCAGAGUUAGUGGGGUGCAGCGGCUGCAGCCAGCCAAGCUUUUGGUGGUGGUGCGCCCCGAAUUCCGCAACCCGCGCAACUACCCGUUUGGCCACGCUCUUCCCAGAGGUCGGUCGAGGCGUGCUCGGAAUCGGGCCAAGGCGAACAGAAAACCGCUUCGAAUCGGCCCAUGCACGGUGCUUUUACCUCCGCGCCGUUCGCCGUUCAGUCGCUUGACCCGGCCGACCGAAAACCCCACGGCCAUAUAUCGUUCCACGCUCAGAGGCCGGAGUCCUCCGCCACGGAGUCCCCGCUGGGAUGAGGAAGCACUCGUCGGGAUCGUCGGAGGACGAUGAUGUUUCUCUCGUCGAGCCCCCCACAGACGCUUCCCUCCGGCUCCAUGCGGAAGAGCCGCGCUUGUCAGCGAAGCCCGCGACCAAGCUCGACCGUCGCCGCAGUCUUGACCGCCGCCCUUCCUUCUCAGUUAGCCGACGGUCCAGCAGCGCCAACUGGCGAUCACCGGAAUCUCGCAAUGGGCAGGGGGAGAAGCUUCCCGCCGCCGGCCGCACUGCGCCGUCGUCCCCUCUUGGCUUGAUCCUAGCGCCCACCGGGGAGCUGCAGCCAAAAGGAACAAAAAAGGCCCCAGAGACGAGACUUGCUGGGCGGCGCCCGCAAUGGAGGAGUCCCUGGGCAGUUGGCGUUCUGGGACUCCUGACAUCCAUUGUCGGUCUUGGCUUUCUGUUGACCGUCCUUCACUCUUCCGUGACGCGACAGCUCGAUCCAAAGGGGUGCCGCAUGUCGUACAUGCGACCGUCGUACGCCAAGCUCAACGAAUUCGAUACCGAACACACGCGUCUUGCGAGCAAAUACUCUCUGUACUUGUACCGAGAACAAGGCGUCGACCAUGACACGAAGGUCAGGGGCGUGCCCGUCCUCUUCAUCCCCGGCAACGCCGGGAGCUACAAGCAAGUUCGGCCCAUCGCUGCAGAAGCUGCCAACUACUUCCACGACGUUCUACAACACGACGAGGCAGCGCUCAAGGCCGGCGCGCGGGCUCUUGACUUCUUCACCGUCGAUUUCAACGAAGACAUCACGGCCUUCCACGGCCAGACUCUCCUCGACCAGGCCGAGUACCUCAACGAGGCGAUCCGAUAUAUCCUCUCCCUCUACCUCGACCCGCGAGUCUCGGACCGGGACCCCGAUCUCCCCGAUCCGACUUCCGUCAUAGUUCUGGGGCAUUCCAUGGGAGGCAUCGUCGCGCGUACGAUGCUGACCAUGCCGAAUUACCAAGCUAACUCGAUCAACACCAUUGUCACCAUGUCUGCCCCCCACGCCAGGCCUCCCGUGUCUUUCGACCGCCAAAUUGUCAAGACAUACGACGACAUCAAUGGUUACUGGCGCCAGGCCUACUCGCAGCAGUGGGCCAACGAUAAUCCCCUGUGGCAUGUUACGCUCGUGUCUAUUGCCGGCGGCGGUUUGGAUACUGUGGUUCCCUCCGACUAUGCGAGCGUCGAGUCUCUGGUGCCGGACACGCAUGGCUUCACCGUCUUCACCUCGACCAUCCCCGCCGUGUGGACAAGCAUGGACCACCAGGCAAUUCUUUGGUGCGACCAGUUCCGGAAGGUUAUUGCGCAUGCCAUUUACGAGGUUGUGGAUGUCCACCGGGCCACGCAGACAAAGCCUCGGGCCGAACGUAUGCGGGUGUUCAAGAAGUGGUUUCUCACUGGCAUGGAGGCUGUCGCCGAGAAGACCGCGCCUCGCUCGGACCCAACCACGUUGCUCACCGUGGCCGACAAUGCGGACUCUAUCAUUGCCGAGGGAGAGCGGUUGGUUCUCCGAAGCCUCGGCUCGGCGGGCGCAGUACGGGCUCAUCUCCUGCCGAUCCCGCCGUCAGGGUCGCCGGACGGGAAGCGCUUUACCUUCUUGACGGAUGCGAAGCUCGACAAGCCAGGUGAAAACGGGAAGUUGGAGGUUCUCUUCUGCAGCGUGAUUCCGUCGCAACCGAGCCAGUCUUGGGCAGGCUUCUCCAGCCAGAUCGACCUUUCCCGAGGAGCCACGGGAACCACUCGACUUGCGUGCAGAUCCGCCGGCCCGGAUGUCGUGUCGCUUCCAGCCUCCACUCGCUCGACGCGCUAUCCCUUCUUUACUGACAGAGAGCGAGAGAUCACGCCAUUCUCCUAUCUCGAGUACGGCGUCGAUGACAUCGCUGAGCACCAAUUUGUGGCCAUUGUUGAGAAGGCGACCAGUCCGACACCGGGAUUUGUAAUCGCCGAGUUCAGCGACCAUUCUAGGUCACACUGGACGGAGAAUAUCGACCUUCGGCGUCUGUUGACGUCUGGGUUGAAGCUUCGCCUCCCUGCCGAGCGACCAAUGGUCUCCAAGAUCAAGGUGCCCUCGUUGCAGUCGAGUCUGCUGGCCUACAAUUUGCGAAUCAGCCAGCAGGGCUGUGAUGGCCAGGAGGAACUCUUCGCGCCGUUGGCCCGGCAGUACUUGGCUGAACCGUACGAGUCCAAAUAUUUCGUCAACGCGCGAGAAGUCGCCGUCAGCCUCCAUGGUGUUGCGCCAUAUGUCCCUCCGCCGCUGGCAAGAAAGCUUGAGGAUGACGGAUUGGGCUUUCAGUUCUGGACGGACCCAACUUGCAACUCCAACAUCCAAGUCGAGCUGACUGUCGAUGUUCUUGGAAGUCUCGGCAAGCUCUACAUGCGCUACCGCACGGUCUUCGCAGCCUUCCCCUUGUUCGUGGUUGCCCUGGUCCUCCGGAAGCAAUUCCAACUUUAUGACGCUACGGGGCUAUUUAUCCCGUUUUCGGAAAGCCUGGAGAUGUCCCUGCGACGGUCCAUUCCCCUGAUGCUGGCAUCCCUCACACUCCUGACUUUCUCGACUGCGGGCUCGUCCACGGCAGGCAACGCCAGAUUGUGGCGCUGGCGAGAUGACGCGUCCUCGAUCAUCGAUUUCCGCAAGAACGACCUUUUGAUCGGAACCCAAGAGCCCAUGUUUCUGUUCCUGAUCCCUCUGAUUGGGAUCAUCUGCGUCGGUGUUUGCACCGCGGUCCAUUACAUGGCUCUCAUUCUGACGCACUUGCUGAGCGCGCUUGCGAGCCUCCUCACCUUCCGCCCUGGAUGGAUCCGCAACGAGGAUAGGAGGAAAUUAGCACCUGUGUUCUGGUGUCCGUCCCCACGACGGCGGAUGCUCACGACGGCUGUUUUGCUGCUCCUCGUCUCGACCGUGGUGCCUUAUCAGUUCGCCUAUCUGGUUGCUUGCCUGGUGCAGCUGAUGACCACGGUCCGAGCCCAGCGGAUUGCCUCGGAUCUUCGGUCGGCCGCCAACUCGAACUUCUACAACUACGCCCAUUCGAUCCUCAUCCUCAUGCUCUGGAUCCUGCCCAUCAACCUGCCGACCUUCGUGGUCUGGGUUCACAACCUGGCGGUCCAUUGGCUCACGCCUUUCACAUCGCAUCACAACGUCCUGUCCGUCAUGCCCUUCGUGGUCCUUGUCGAGACGUUGACGACCGGCAAGAUGAUCCCACGCGUUGCCAGCCGGCUCAAGCACGUCACCAGCCUCCUGCUGUUCUGCACCGCGGUCUACGCGGCCGUGUACGGCGUCUCGUACGCUUACACGCUGCAUUAUCUGGCGAAUCUGCUGGCCUUCUGGCUAGCCAUUCUCCACUCGUCGUCAGACUCGUGGUCCCUGGCAGGGCUGAGCCACCUCUACGCAGGAGAUGCCGACGGCCGCAAAAGAGGAAAGGAGCCGUGAGCUGCUCCCUCUUUACCGGCUCGAUUCGCCUCUCUGAGAGCCGGAGCUAUGCAUGCGACCGCUCUCCCAUGGCUUGACCUCGUCUCGCCAGUAUGGAUAUCUCCUGCCUGCAUACCCGAU